AUGUGGUACCGACGUCAUGAGUGCGGUCUUCGCAUGGCCAUCUUUUUCUCUGCCGCUACAGCUGCUGGUGCCUUCGGAGGCCUUCUCGCCAGAGGUAUUGUUGAGAUGAGAGGUAUCGGAGGUAGACCUGGCUGGGCUUGGAUUUUUAUCCUUGAGGGUAUUCUCACUCUCGCUGUCGCCUCCCCCCGAACAGCCAUCGCCGCCUUCUUCGUCAUGAACGACUAUCCUGCCACUGCCAAGUUCCUCACUGUUGCUGAGAAGGAAGAGGUCACUCGUCGUCUUGAGCAGGACCGAUCUGCUCUUGCUGACGAGUUCAGCAUGGUUUACUUUAAAGAUGCCAUGAAGGAUUGGAAGAUCUGGGUCCACAUGCUCAUCACCAUCGGAAUUUACACCCCACUCUACUCCUAUUCUCUCUUCCUCCCCACCAUUGUCAGUGGUCUCGGCUACACCAAUGAGACGGCUCAGCUGAUGACCGUACCCCCGUAUAUCGUGGCCUGCGUGUGCUGCAUCAGUGGUGGUUGGUUGGCCGAUCGCCACAAGCAGCGUGGUAUCUACAUGAUCUUCUUCUGCCUCAUCGCAAUGACCGGCUUUAUUAUGCUUCUUUCCUCCCAGAGCAACGGAGUGAAGUACGCAGGCUGCUUCUUCGCUGCCUCCGGUAUCUACCCCAACGUUCCUCAGGGUGUCGCUUGGAACGGCAACAACAUCGGAGGCUCCGUCAAGCGAGGUGUUGGUAUUGCCAUGCACGUCGGCUUCGGUAACCUUGGUGGUGCUAUUGCUGGCUUCCUGUACCAGGCCAAGGACAAGCCUCACUACUACCCUGGCCACGGCACACUCCUGUCAACAUUGACCAUGUCGAUGAUUCUCUCCACCUUCAUGACGAUCUACCUCCGUCGCGAGAACGCCCGCCGAGACCGCGAGUACAAGGAUCCUUCCCAAUACACUGCUGAGGAGAAGGCUGCCGAGCGCCACAAGGGUGACAACGCCACCUUCUUCCGCUACACGGUUUGA